AUGCAGACAGGAGCCAGAGGUCAGCUGUCGCCUCCAGCACUUUCUGUGUUCAGACCCUGUUUUCAGGUGCUCGGUCAACAGGUUGCCCUGGUGCUAAUUGCCUUCUACUGUAGUUUUAUAUGCUUCCCGAUUGUGACAGGCCCCAAAGACAUACGGACCAGGGCCAACGGCUACGUGCACGCCGUGCUUGAUAAGGGCUUGCCACAAGGCGCUGGCUGCGAAGACGUCACGGUCGUGUCUGUGCUGCCAGAAUGGGCCGAGACGUGGGAUGGGAGGCAAGCCAUGGAGCAGGAGCUCAGUGUGCUGAUCAAGAUGGAGGCACUGGCAGGACGCACAGCUUUGGCGGUUGGGCAGAUGGCUGGCUUGCCUUACCGGCGACAGAGUUGGUCAGGAUGGGUUGAACGCUUCCAGCCUGUCAUCGUCAAGACUACAUCUCCAGGCGCGACCAAAGCCAAAGUCAUGUGGUGCUGGGAUGGGGCGCUCGAGGAAGCCGAUGGCAGCAAGCUGCAGCCGGCUGUUCGGGUUUCCAUCUAUGGAAGGCUGCAAGACAGGGCAAUGGCUGUUGGUCAAAUCCUUGCAGCAGCCGAUAGGGAGGCCGCGGGACUCAUGGCCGCACAGGUUGAUGCUUUGCGACGAAACUACAGCGACUUGCUGCUUCAAUCCGAGGGUGGCCCAGGAGCGGAUGGCCUGCAGGAGUUCGAUCUGGGAUGCGAUGCAUUGGUGAUGAAACGUUUUCUGCGGCCGCAAGAUUCAAAAGAGAGCACGCGCAACGAGACUCUGGAAAGCGUUCUACUAGCGAGUGGCUGCAAAGACUUGCAUAUUUAUCGUCGACCAGUUGCCGAUGAGUUCCGCUUCUGCUGCUUAGUUCUGGGGCACAGAAGCCAGCGAUGGCUUGCUGCAGAGAUCUUGAGGACUGUCCUGCACAGCCUUGAUGCAAGAUCCUCUUCUGCAUUGCAUUCGAAGCUGCACAGCGACUGCACAUUGGUAAAGGUUCCUCAUCAGGCGGUUGGUCAAAUCUUUGGAAAACAACGGAAAAAUCUACUAAAGCUGAUGAGUGACACGCAGACCGUGAUCGUUAAAGUGAAGGAGGUCAAGAGUGCUGAAGCGGAGAAGCAAAGUGCAGAAGAAGUUACGAGCUUUAUGACGAACAUGUACCAGGCAGAAGACGGGAGCGAGUUUGCCGUGUUUGGCAAGCCCCUGGCCCAGAAAAGGGCUCUUGCCAGCAUCUUCGCGACUGUCGAAAGACUGGUGCCAGGUUACGUCUUGCCAAUGAGCCCUCAGGAGAAAAUCGACGAGCUUCAAUACGGUCUGGACAAGCUUCGUUUGCCGUUCGAGUUUCAGGAGAAUGCCAGCAAUGUGAAGGCAGAAAUCUUGUCCUGUGCGUCUGAUUGCCAUGCAGCUUGCGUCGCGGAUUUGUUGCUACUUGCCGGUGAUCAGCACCAGAGGCAGAGAGCGCGAGAGUACGCCUACUUCCUCCGCGGCAAACACGAAGGCCAGUUCCCGAAUGUUCCGGGCCUCGGGACUCGUUCCGAUGCUUGCAGCUUAUGGGUAGACGAGCGUGCUUCGAAGUCGCGAUGGUUCUUGGAUGAGCUGAAGAAGCUGAUGCUGGAAACAAAGACGUGUGCUUUUUUCGAUGAUGGUCAUGAUGCAGAGAAGAAGCUUCGAAGAUUGGUCUUUGCAGGAUUCGGUGUGACACCGGACAGCAUCCCAGACAUUUGCGAGAGUGCGCAGUCUCUGGUGCAAAAGGCCAUCGACUGGAUCGACCAAAGGUGCAGGAAGCAAGAGCCGAAGGCAUCAAAGCCUUGGACGAACUGGAAAGAUGCGAAAACAUGGAACAGCUGGGAGCAGACCUCGAAAAGCUGGGAGCAGAACUCCAGGUGGACUUCAGAGAUCUCAAAGCUAGAUGCUUCCGCAGAUUGGUCACGUGAAAUCUCGGACGUCUCGCAGAUCGAAGUCUCCACGGAGAUGCCAUGCCUGCCACCAAUGACUCCCGCCUUGCCGAAGCCGUCGGAGCCGUCGCCGUCGAUACAUUCGAUGCCCACCGCUGCUGGCUUUGGACCUCACGGCGGAGCUGCUCCCAGAACACCAGCCUUUCACGGACUGGACGCAGACGGACGAAGCCCUUGCACUUUCGGCCCCCAUGGCGCGAUGGCUCCGAAAACUCCCGCUAUAAGCAACACUCGGAAUCGGAUUCCGCCACCAGCAACGCCAGCUUCGUUUGGAACAAGGCUUCCUGCAGACGUUCCUGAGCCAGCUACCCCUGCACCGCUGAGAGUGCCUGCCCAGACUGUGCCCGGCCCACUGACACCUGCACCACCUCCUGCAACUCCAGUUACCUCAGCAAAUAGCGCAGCUCCUGCAGCCGGCAUGGCUGGCACUGACCGAAGGCACACGGUCUCAGACCCUGCGACUCCAACAGUGUGGAGGGAUCCUCCAUCGCACACGGCUGGGUACCUACAAGAGCCUCCACCUCCCCAGACACCAACUGCAGCUCCAGCACGAGCUCCUCCGCAGACUCCCGCCGCCAUCGCAUCGAUGCAACGUGGCGAGAGCACGGAUGAAUUCUUACCGCCUGGCUGGCAGAGGUGUUUUUCAAGAACGCACAAGAAACCAUACUACUUCAACGCCAAGCUGAACAAGUCGUGUCAGACGCCUGCCUUCGAGCUCGUGGUCCUUAGACGGAUGUCGGAUGCUUCUUCCGAGUGCGCAUUGGGAGCUCUUUCUGCGGUGCUUCUGGUUCUCUUGUGCACUGCCGGCUGCUCUAGCCGACACGAGUCAGCAUUUGAUGAUGCAUGGAGGGCCUUCCUGGGCCGCCCUUUGCCCUUGUAUCUUCUCGGCACUUCGGCCUGGCCGGUUGCUUCACUUCUGGCCAAGUGGCAAUCCACUUGUGGGGGCCAGUUCCUGCAGCAACGACCCACACAGCUUCAGCAACAAAACAUCACCUUGGGCAAUCACAAGUCUGGACCCACUCAAGCCGGGUCAAACGAGCCCAACUCAACGGCAUUGGCACUUUGCGCACAGCCGGAAGUGCUGGAGUUCUUGUCGCACGUCGAAGCGGCUACGCAGGAGCAUUUGAUGCCGCUCCUUUGGCGGUCAAAGGAAAAGGCUGGGGCAGCAGAAGUCCUGCUCGGGCUCUUUGUCUCCAGCACCCUGCGUCCACUGACGGCGUUCAUGAAUAGUGCACCUCGAGCAGAUCCAGAUUUCUGGACGGCCUGUGCGGCAGCUUGUGCUGCAGAGGGUGCUGCCCUUCUUUUGAUCCGAUUGCUUGGCACGCCAGUGCCCCGUGACCCACUUGACCGGCCUCGGCUAAGUGAGCUUGCCAAGUUGGUCGCCCACAUGCCCUUUGCCACCAUAACGGAGACCUCGGCUGUAUUUUCUGCUGCAAUCGCUGCAUCGCACUACGUCGCGUGGCGCUCGCAUGACCUUUUUCUGGACGUCAAACGUGACGAGGUUCGCCGAGUGCUGGGAAAGGCAGCAGAGCAAGUGCAGGAGUCCUUUCAGCAAUGCAAGUCCGGCUGCGGGUUGCUGCAGAGUUUACAUGAGGGCGUGCCCCAACAUCGUCUUCGUUUUUGGGAGGCUGUGGCUGAAGCAGAUCUUCCUCCGUUGUGGAGGCAGGUUUGCCGCUGGCUCAUUUCCAGGCCGACAACGCGCACGGAAGGUUCCUUGCACAGUACACCAAAGUAUGGUGCUUCAGCAGUGCCCGUGUACUUCGCCAUCGCGUAUGGGUCCAUGGAUGAGCGCUGGGUUUGGCACUUCUUAAACAGAGCCUUGGACUUGAGGCUUCCGCGGGUUGUGUUCGCCACGCCUGCUGCCCAAUGGAUGCUGUUGUGCGAAGAUGUGCGACAGACGCGCCAGAGAUUGUCCGAGUUGCUGUGUUUGCACAUCUCAAGCACAUCUGCCAGACCACUUGAUGUUCACGACAAGGCAAAAUUUUGCCUCCUGCCGGUGUUCUUGUCCCUUGGCCUGGACGUGAUCUCCCUGGAUCUGGAUGUUUUUCUUUUCAAGGAUCCCACAGGGCGACUUCUGGAAACCGUCUACAGCACAUCGCCUGUGGAUGUGGCAGUUACUGAUCAUUUUGAUGGUACCUGCCUGGACGCCGGAGUCCUUUUCGUCCGGGCAAGCGACCAGGCAUUGCUGUGGGUCCUGAGCCUUAUAGAGUGGCUCCAUUCGUAUCCGUACGGUCACUUUCAGAACGGUUUGGAUGCCUUCCUUGGCCAUUCCAUUUUGGAGCCGCAGUUGCCGGACAGCGCCAUGCUGACAGCUGCCAGUGUAUCCUACAUUGUGUUGGGAACCGAUGUGGAGUACGCAACUUUGGCAGGUUGGGCAGGAUCUCUGAUGAAGCAGCGACACCAGGUGCUCCUUCUUCAUUUUACGCCUGCCAUCUCCAUAGGGCUCUCGAAAGGCGACAAGCAGGUUCAUCUACUGCAACUCUUCAACGCAACAGCUCGUCGGGUUGGGGAGAAGGAGCCUGAUGUACAACGCUUGGAGAUGGCCAAGUGGAAGGUCCUACAUCGUCUGCACACCAACGUUUCAAGGUGGAGAACGCCUUGCUAUGUUGGCAUCCACCCAGCUGUGACCCAUCUGGUGGAGUCCGGCCUGUAUGGUGAGUUGUCACUGCAGCAUUGGCAGCAUCCUGUGGGCGCCAUGGACAAUCUCGGCUUGCAAUUCGGGCUGAUGAAUUCCUUGGGCCGCCUCGCGGGAGACAGCCCACUGGUCAGCAUCCUGCUGUGUGCCUUGGUCCCCUUUCUCUUGAAGGAGGUCCCGCGGCUUAUCGAAGCCUUCGGGGAGCUUCUGAGAAGAUAUCUUGCAGCUGGUCAGGAGCAUUACACGAGACGCAUCGUUUUUACGCAGGGAGACAACAUGCACGUCCAGCACUAUCAUGGUCCUCGAGAUAUUCUUGGCUCUGAAGAAACGUCCACAGAGCGCAACAACAUUUUGCAGAAGGCGAUCCGAUUGUACAUCAACAAAGACAAAGAUGUGCUUCACAUCAAGGAUGCCGAGAUCUACUUGCUGGAUAAUAGUGCUACGGUGGACAGCGGGCCCAGCUUCGACCGUUACGGAAAUUUUAAGCAAGAGGUUAAAUUCGUCGGGGAAAUGGAUGCUUCAGUGAAGAAGCUCAUGGGCUACGGCGUGACCAAGGGCCCCAGAGAGCGCGACUACUUACUCGUCGAUGCCAAAAGGAAGAUCGAGUUCAUGUACCACACGACAUGCAUUGCUCCUGAGACCCCGGACGAGUCCAAGGGCAAAGGCAAAGGUGCACCCGCAGCCGGGAAGACGACCACCACCUUUUGCCUCCGAUCUUCAGGGCCCAAUGCUGAGAAGAACGUCGACAGCUUCAUCGAAGAGGCUCUGGAGUCGUAUAAGCAUCAAAAAGCGAAGUCCAUAGAUCGAUCCCGCUAUUUCUUCAUGCCGCAGCUGCAGAAGCAGGAUUCAGAUGGGAUGGGCAAAGGAUUCGGCAAGGCAUCGCCCCAGCAUGGCACCUACAAGAAGUACCUCCUCUCGGAUCACAAGACGUUCGACUGUCUUUACUUCCCCGAGAAGGCGCAGGUCCUGUCCAUGCUCGACGAUUUCCUCAAGAUGCAAGGCAAGUUUGCGAUUCCGGGUUUUCCCAACAAGCUAGGUUUGCUGCUGCAUGGACCUCCGGGCACAGGUAAGACCAGCCUUAUCAAGAGCAUCGCGCAGUUCACAGGGAGGCACAUUGUGGAUGUACCGCUGACGAAAGUCAAGACCAACCAGGAGCUGUUUGACAGGAUGUUCGACCUAGUUUUUGCUGUUCCCGGCGACGAUGAGGCUGUGCGCAUGAGGUUCGACAACAUUGUCUUCGUAAUGGAAGACGUAGAUGCUGCCUCAAAGGUCGUGUACCGCAGAUCGCCGGCAAAGGAGCACAAGAAGAAGGCCAAGGGCAAAGGGAAGAUGCGAGACGGCAAGGACAAGGGCAGCAAAGGCUCAGCCUCAGAAGUGUGCAAAGGCCAAGAGAUGUUAGACGAGGGUGCGCUGCCCGGGAGCCACUAUGGGAAAGGCAAAGGGGCCAGUGCAGACACAUCAGUGAGCAAGGGCGAACAGCUACUUGCCGAGAUGGCAAAGCGAGGGCCCCCCCAGCUGAGCCGCGCCCAAUCUCACACACUGAGCCUUGUCCGGACGAUCACGAUUGGGCCAGAGGCCGAAAGUCGCAAAGAGCCUGCCGCACUGCCGGUCCCGCCACAGGACGAAAUGGACGACGAGGAUGAAGAGGAUGAGGAGCCGGACGAUGAGGAAAGAACCGAGCGCAGGUCCAGCAAUUCCGUGGAACAUCUUGCUGAAGCCAUCGGCCGCUUGGGUGUUAGCUCCGGGCAGGAUGAACCCAAGAGUUUCUCAUCCCGUUUCAGCCGAGAUGCCGACGAGCUGAAUCUCUCUGGUGUACUGAAUGUCCUGGAUGGGGUUGUGGACUCUCCUGGCCGCAUCUUGAUCAUGACCACGAACCACCCGGAGAAACUCGAUCCGGCCCUUAUUCGGCCCGGCCGCAUCAACUUUGCCAUUGAGCUGGGCUUCAUGAAGGGCGCAUGCUUGUGCCAGCUCGUGUCACGCCUCAUGGGGCAGGAGCUCACUGAGGCUCAGGCCCAGGAAGCAUGUGAGCUCGCCGACAAAAGCAAGGUCACGCCAGCCAAGGUGGAGCAGGCCUGUGCUGAGGCCAGCUGCGUGCAGGACCUCCUGGCAGCCUUGAAGAAGAUUGCCGACCUGGAGCGGUGA